ACAGAGUCAGUAAAAAACGCUGCCGACGAUGGAGGAACACUCGUUUCCGCCGUUGCAAAACGACCUGCUUUUGAGGGCUGCAUGGGGCCAAACUGUCGAGCGUCCACCCAUCUGGGUGAUGCGGCAGGCUGGCCGCUAUCUCCCUGAAUACCACGAGGCGAAGGGAUCUCGGGACUUUUUCGAGUGCUGCAGGGACCCGGAGGUCGCAUCCACCCUGACGCUGCAGCCCAUUGAGCGCUAUGCAGGGCUCAUUGACGCCGCAAUCAUCUUCUCCGACAUCCUGGUGAUCCCUCAGGCUAUGGGCAUGGUUGUCGAGAUGGUAGACAAGAAGGGCCCGCACUUCCCCAAUCCCUUACGGAGCCCCGACGACGGCCAGUACGCCGAGUUGAUGCAGCGAAAGGUCGAUGUGGCAAAGGAACUUGACUAUGUCUACAAGGCCAUUACCUUGACGAGAAAGAAGCUACAGGGCCGCGUGCCACUAUUUGGCUUCUGCGGGGCUCCGUGGACGCUGUUUUGCUACAUGGUCGAGGGCGGCGGGACUAAGCUGUUCAAGGAGAGCAAGACGUGGAUCUACAAGUACCCCGACGAAACGAAGGCCCUUCUCCAGAAGAUUUCAGAGCUCUGCGUCGAGUAUCUCGCGCUGCAAGUCAAGGCGGGAGCUCAGAUUGUCCAGGUUUUUGACUCUUGGGCCGGGGAGCUCUCACCCUCAUCGUUCAAGAAGUUUUCGCAGCCUUACCUGGCGUACAUCGCGGAGCACCUUCCCUUGAGGCUCAAAGAGCUGGGAUUAGAGAAGGUCCCAAUGGUUGUCUUUCCCAAGGGCGCUUGGUACGCGCUGGACGCCGCCUGCAACAUGGGUUACAACGUCGUUGGUCUCGACUGGCUCCACGAUCCGGCUGAGGCAGUGAAGACGGUUGGCGACCGUCCGAUGAUAAUACAGGGGAACGCUGAUCCGGGUGUUCUGUACGGGACUCACGCUGCCAUUACCGAGGCGGUGACGGAGAUGGUGAAAGGCUUUGACUGGGAAAACCGUAAGAAGGGCUGGAUUGUAAACCUCGGUCACGGAAUUACUCCAUUUGUCAACCCGGAUAACUUGAAAUUCUUCUUUCAGGAGAUCCAUCGCCUGACCGCAGCGGGCGCUCGAUAAUAAAUUGAAUUUUGUUGCCAAGGG